AAUAGUUUGGUGGUAAACGUUUGGAGCCGGCAGUCCGGCCGAAUUUUCGGCCGGUUCCCACGCCACGCUGGCUCACGCGCCCGUGAAACAACCGUCUCGCGCGAGACGAGUGUACACAUGGUAGGGCCCACGCACGAAACAACUCACCGCUGGCCACACAAACCUUAUCCUCAUCCCGUGAGUAUCUAAUCCAGUUCAUCCCCGCCGCCGUCCCCUCUCUGAGUCCAAAAUACAAGCACCGGCGACUGCACUUUUGAGGACGCCAGAGCUGAUGCAAGCGGCAGUUGCGUCCAUGGAUGUGGAACUGCAUCCUCUUCUCCCCCGACGGCUGGAGCGGCGAGCGGCAACCAUGGAUGGCAGGAGCUGCAACCCGCUUUCGUGGGAGCUACAACCGGCGUCCAUGGGAGCUGCAGCCGAAACGCGAGCUGCAACCAUGGAUGGCGGGGAGCUGCAAUCGGGCCUCCGGGGGAGCUGCAUGCGGUGAACGGCUCGACGGCGGCGUCCUAUUUUUGCUACAACCUCUGUACUCUUUUCUACGCCCGUCGAGGAUUUUGGCUACAUCCUUUUUUCACCGUGGACCUGCAGGCUCGACGGCGAUUAGCGGCGGGUGGGGGUGGCUGGCAAGCACGGGCGGCACGGGGUUGACCGGCGAGCACCGGGGCGAGCACGGGCGGCACGGGUGGCCGGCGAGUCAGGCGCGAGCGCAGGCGGCUCAGGUGUGGCCGGCAAGCACGGGCGAAGAGAGCAUGGAAGGUCCGAUCCAACAGCUGUAUAUACGCGAAUCGGACGGCUGCGCGCUGACCGGCCCAAAUUUGGGCCGGUGCGCCGGCGCCUAUCGGUGCCCUGGUUUGGUUGCUUUCCGUUGCAUAAUAGAAAAAAUAAAAUAAAGAGUAAAUAAGAAAACAGAAUAAUGCCGGUUUAGUUGUAUCGUUCUUUCUUCCUCCAGAAGAAAAAGG